AUGCAGUGUGUACGUGAAGGAGAUGGCGUUCCUUUGGCUUCUGGCCAUAUCUUUGCCCUGGGCGACUGUGCAAAGGUGCUGGGCACAGAGAUGCGCUUCACUAAGGACAUCUAUCCAGCUGAAGCCAUGGUAGGCGUGGUAGUCUCAAAUCUUCGACACCUGGCCCGAGCGAGUCAGGGAGACCUGCAGGAGAUCCCAUCGCGACUGCAAGAGAUGACCCUCUGUUCGUUGGGUCCCCACGAUUGCAUCCACGUGAUGAACGGCCGAGUGGUGAGUAGCGGCUGGCUGGCGGCGCAACUGAAGCAUCAGGUGGAAGUGACAAAGAUGGGUGAAAUGAGAUGUGGGGCAGCUUGGUUUGGAGCCUCAUCCCACAUUGGUGAACCGCCCCAUUCACGCCUGGAGAUGCGAAUCGGCCACGACGGAAACAACGGGAACAACGGGACGGAGGUGGCGAACUCGGUGCUGCUGACCCUGGAGGCGCGCUUGAGUGAUGAUCUGGUAGCCAUGCAGCAGCGUUUGGUGUCUGAUCUUCGGGCUGAAACUACACUCGCCUUGAACCGGGAGUCUGCUGCCAUUGCUGCUCUGGAUGAGCAGCUAUGGAUCACGGAUCAAAGGUUGGGUCAACGCAUUGAUGAUCUUGAACAAGUUCGUGUGCGUGAACGUGGCAGUGCGAAGAAUGGACGGGUACUGUCGUCCAUCCUCUCAGAGACCUUGGAGGAGACACGCGAUUUGGAGAUGGAGCCCACUACCACUGAGGCGGCGGACCGUCGCGCCAAGCGGGUGUCCAAGGGCGUACUGGCGGAUGCACAGCUGGCAGCGAGGUCCAUGAUGGAGGUGACCGGCCCAGCUGGGAAUGGUGUCAUUUCAUGGCGAAAUUUAGGAGAUAUGAUAUGUAUAUAUUAUAUAUGA